UCACUGCAGCAGCAGACGAUCAGGCUUCGCGAUGCUCGCGUUAACGCUGUGGAUUAUUGCGCUGCUGUGGAGCGCCGCGCGCGCGGACGCGAGGAAACCCGACGAGUUCUUCAGCGGGAGCGUUUACCGCGCGAGGUGCGCGUCGCGGUGCCUCAGCCUGCACAUCACACGCAUUUCUGCCGCUUUCAAGCAUUUCCAGAGCAAUGGAUCGUUGGUUUGGUGUCAGAAUCACAAGCAGUGCUCAAAGUGUCUGGAGCCUUGCAGGGCAUCAUGGGACCUGAAGGAGAACCAGUGUCAGGACUUGUGUGAGACUCAGUUCCCCAAGAAGCAUUACGAGUGUCUGACGAGCUGCGAGUUCCUGCGCUCCGUUCAGACGCUGAAGCCGGGCGACUGUCCCGCGCCGGAACGAGCCAGCGGAUUCGCCGCCGCCUGCGUGGAGAGCUGCGAAACGGACGACGAGUGCACGGCGCUGAAGAAAUGCUGUCCGAACGGAUGCGGACACACCUGCCAGAUCCCAAAAAACCCUUAUAAAGGAUCUCCUCUGAAGCCGCGUAAGGAGCUGUUGUUUGUGGAGCAGGCGUCAGGACAGCUGGAGGUUCGCUGGUCGUCCCGUUUUAACGUCUCCGUGGAGCCGGUGCUUUACGUGCUGCAGCGCCGCUGGAACUUCGGCAUCCAUCCCAGCGAAGACGACGCUACGGAGUGGCAGGACAUCGCACAGGUUGCCGAAGAGCGUGUGCUGCUGAGCGACGUGCGGCCGAGCAGGUGGUAUCAGUUCCGCGUGGCGGCGGUGAACGUUCACGGCACUCGCGGCUUUACGGCUCCCAGCAAACACUUCCGCUCGUCCAGAGACCCGUCUCCUCCUCCGGCCCCGUCCGGACUGAGAGCGACCAACAUCACGACGGGCCCAGACGGUCUGCUGACGGUCCGGAUCAACUGGACUCUUUCGGCAGAGCCCGACAUCCCCGUCCACCACUACAAAAUCUACUGGAGCUGGACGGUCCCGGGAAAAUCAGCGGUGCCGUCCCGGAGGAAGAGGAGGAAGACCAGCGACGGGGCCAGGAGCUCAGUGGAUCUGGAAGGUCUUCAGGUCAACAGCAGCUACACGGUGGAGGUCCAGGCCGUCUCAUACUGGGGUCAGAUUCGACUCAAGAGCAACAAAGCCUCCAUCCAGCUCAACACACAACUCAACAACCAGACGAAGGCCGUAUCUAAGCUGAGGAGGCUGGAGGUUCCUGAUCUGGGUUUGGUGUCGAUGAAACGAGCCGCCGGCGCUCUGGAGGUCGGCACACCGUAUUACCAGGACGGACAACUGCAGGUCCGCAUCUACUGGAAGAAGAGAGGAGAUGCCGUGUUGACGCGUUAUCACGUUCAGUGGAUGCCCGAAUACUGCAGCCACAACCAGAGCGGAGCGCCGCACAAAUCACUCACUCAGGAGAACUUCAUCAAUCUCCCGGCUCUGCUGUUCUCCUGUAAGUACAGGGUCACCGUUCACACGCUCGACGCCAAACGACGCUCCAAAGACGAGAGCGUGAGUUUCCUGACGCCGUCCUGCGCGACCCUCAGGAGCAAGAGCGUCAAACCCAUCGCCUGUCCCGGAGACACAACGCCGACGAAGGUGUUGGUGAAGCCUGAGAAUCUGACGGCGACCUUCAGCUUCCACGACGGCAACGUGACGGCCCGUUUCCUCUGGCGGGUGACUCGUGUGCAGCCGCAGCAGCCCGUCACGGGUUUCCAGGUCACUUGGGCGGAGGUUUCCAGCGCGAGUCGCCCCAACAGCCUUCCCAACAGCAUCAUUUCCCAGUCUCAGAUCCUGCCACCUGAUCAUAACCUUCUGGUCGUGUCCAACCUCCGGCCGGCCACUUUCUACAGGUUAGAGGUUCAGGUCAUCACCACAGCAGGGGAAGGACCUGCGACAAAGAAGAUCUUCCAGACGCCCGACCGGCCGCCGCUUCAGCAAAAAACUCAUCUUCAUCAUCAGCAGCAGUAUCAGAAGUCUUCAGCGGAGAAACACUGAAACAAUCAGAAGAUGCAACACGACGUGCAGCUAAUCGCAGCUUUCGACAGACGCGAAACCGCAGAUAUUCAGCGUCCGCUCUGAACGCCUCUCUCAAGCACUACGGUUUUCAUUGCAACAACUUUGAUGAAUAAAUCACCCCAAACUCUCGAGCGACAGCAAUGUUUUAUGUGUGAAUUUACAAUAUUUCAGGGUCAAAGAGGCAGAACAUGGCGCUUUGGUCAUACUAUAUGAAAUCGUGUUAUAGUUUAAUGAAAGAAUGGGCGAUUCAUCUGUGGAGAAACUGCAGUUCAUCAGUUUUAAAUCAAAGAACAUUCAGCAUUAACUGAGAGCAUGUCAAACCUUCACUUACUCAUUAUUUGUUUGCUCUCAAGUCAUUGCAAAAGCACAUGCUGUUGUUUUUAUGAAUUUUAGUGCAGCUCUUUUCCAUUUAAGAGCAAAUCGUUCUUUCGUAAAAGCGUUGUAAGCCUAAAUAGAUCAUAGAAUUUGUUGAAACCAAUGUUUUUGACAAUCUACUUAGGCUUGUGAUGAUUUUAGGAAAUGCUCAUAACGUAAAACAACAUGUGUGAUUAAAUAAUUUCAUUUUUUGGAUAAACUGUUUGUUUAAUUUGGCGUAAACAAUUCAUCUUUGUUGCCUUUUCUUAAUAUGUUAGCAAUAUUGCAUUAAAGAUUAACAGAGAGUGUUUUGUUUAUUAAUGAUUACAUACGCUGUUUUCCGACAAAAUGAUGUAAACUGUAUAUGUUCUCGGCUGUAGAGAUAUUUGUUGUGGCAGUCAGUGAAUGUUGAUGUUGAUAUUUAUUUAUGUGUGUAUUGCAACGCUUCCUUUGUAUGUGAGUGUGUGUGUUUUUUCCAUGUAUUAGCAAGGCAUUGUUUUUUUUGUUAAAGGCAACUUCUUGUAAAGACAUAAUGUAAAAAAAAUGAAUUGUACAUAUAGUCAUAUGUUCCGUUAUUUCCCUGGAUAGAACCUGUACAUACUUUUAGGUAAUAAAAUAAUCACUCUACUCCUUUA